AUGACGUCGGAUUACGUCAUUGUGUCAAUCAAGUUAUUCCAAGAAGUUGGAAAUAAUGAGCACAUUAUCCUGCGCAGGCGGCAAAAAAAAAAAAAGCCCGGUGUGAAAAAAGUUAAUAAGCAAAAAUACUAACUACGUGUGUUUAUUAGUAUAAGUAAUAACAUGAUUUGAAGUAACAUUUGGCAUAAAUACAAAUAUACCACGAGUGAUAUUUCGAAAUUCUUAUAGGUAAAUUUGAGACAAUGAGUGGUGUUUAUGCCAAACAUCACGUGCAAAUCAUGCUAUUAUUUGUUUAUACUACUUCUCUCAAAAGGUUUCUAAUUUUCGCAUGUAAGUAUUUCAAAUUAAGCUGAAAUACCACUGCUCUUAGCCAAUCAGACUGCAGAAAUUUCUCAUGUAGUAGUAUACAGGCUGAAAUCAGAAAUACUUAAACAUGUUUAUCAAACUGAGAAGCACCGUCUAGCUUCACCAUCAAUAGGAUUAUAAUUUUCAAUCAAUGACUAAUAUAUUCACGUGUAUUUUAAAAUGUGGAGGAGAGAAGGAACGCAGCGGCGGUUGUAAUUGAAACUUUUUUCAUGCCCCCCUUUAUACCUUCAGUCAUACUGGAAAUUUUCGAUACCCCACCCCUAAACCUUAACCGGAAACACUCGUAGCUUUGAGAAAAAUUCCCCUCCCACUUGGUCAUAAAUUAUGGACCAUUUAAUACCUCUCUUAAUGUAAUGUGAUCAUUUAUAAACCUGCCCUAAAAUUCCGAAAAUAAGCCCCUCAAUGUAUAUGCCCCUCCAAAUAUAAGCUCCCCAAAUUCGUAACGCAAAAAGCCCUCCGUUAAAUCGCCCCUCCAAAUGUAAGCCCCCCGCUCGAAAUUUCCCUCGAAUAGAAAGUAAAACAAAGCAAAAACGGUAAAUUUCCUUCCAAAUAUGGGGCCAGCUCAAUCGAUUUUGAAACGUAAAUUUCCCUCCACGGAUAAGCCCCGAAUAUAAGCCCCUCCAAAAAAAAGCUCCUCAAAAAGGGCCUUUGAAAAAUAUAACUUCCGGGGCUUAUUUUCGGAAUUUUGCGGUAUCAGCGUGAUUUCGAGGGAAAAUUCCCUUAUAACCCACUUAACCUAUUAACUAAGGGCAUAUUCGAUUGGCCGGUGACUCAGGCCACUAAAUUUAUUUUGUAUAAACUCUAUAUGUCACUUGUUAUGGCUUGCGUUGCUUUAUAUCAAUAAUUAACCACGAUUUCCUAUACGUCUAGUAAUGACAUGCAUGUGGAUGUAACAGUAGAGAUAUUAGGAGCGCGUGCAAGCCACAGGAGUCAACCCCGUUUCUCAAAAGCUCGGUUUGCAAUAUUUCGUUGGACUGGUUAGUAACUGUUCUUUUCUUUUCUUUUUUUUUGUUACUGGUUGAUGUGCAUGUUCCGCUUCAUUUGAGUGGUCUAUACUUGUUUACGGGCGGAACACUUUCAUUAACCACUGACAACCCCCCUGAAAACAGGAACUUUCCCAGUUUAUUAGUUAAAAGCGUUUUAUCUUUCUGCAAGAACAGCUUGGAUUUACUCGACUUGAACUACUUUCUUUUUUUGAUAAAAAUCGAUACAGAUAUGCGGAAAACAACCAAAGAUCAAGAUAUUACGGACUGAAGAAGAACCCUGGUAAAAAUGAGAACUCAAGCGUCGGUUUCCACCGGAAAACGGACAAAGGAACUUCGACCAAAAAAAAUCGAAUUUGCUAUAUCAUCGCGUCGCUUCGUGACUAUAAACACUCAGGACACAAAAUAUUGUCCAAUCUUUCCGUUAGGUACCCUUCUAUUUCUUAAAACAGAAAUUGUAAGAAAGAGCAGUUUUAGUUUCUUGUCAGUUUUAGCUUUUUCCCCGUAUAAACAUGAUUAAAGAUUUAAUAACGUGGUAUGAUCAUAAAGUUCACGGGGUAAACCCCUUCUCCAAUUUCAUUUUAUUUAUUUAUAUAAAGACUCACAAGCUAUAAAAUCAUCAUUCAUCUGUUCAGUGCAGACAGUGGUCAUUCGUUGGUUGUACAGGGACUUGGAUAAGACCGAAUCGUGUUUGCAAUCUUUGGUGAGUACUUAGAAAGGUGUUUUUAACUUGCUGAUCAAUUUAUCCGCGAGAUGUAAAUAGUUAUAUGCUUAAAUUCACCGGAUCGGGUUCUGCAGUCAGGCCAAGCGUCCCAGCUAAAGCGCCAAUUUUAAAAAAAAUUGAAAUGGUUACCGCGCUGAAAUUUUGAAAAAAAAAAUCGAUUUUGUCAACCUUAAACCACAAUCAAAUCAACACACGCCAUUUAAUACCGUGAAUAAAAGAGAAAAAUAUUUUUAAAAAAUAAAAAUAAUCCAGACUAAUUUUCAAGUAAAUUGGCGCGCGCGGUAAACUGACGCUACACGAUCACGAUGCAUCACUCAGAAUUGUGUCACUGAGAAAUGGCAGCUUCUGUUAGUCUAAAGUUGAAAAUGAGUUCCAAAAUUAUUUUCGGUCAACGGCAGCAUUGAAUAGUUUGACCGAAGAGAAGAUAUCUACCCUGCGCGUAAGUGUCCGCACGGUGCGUGUGCGCCAAAAUUUCCUGUUAAACUGGCCCGAUAUAAAGUACAUAGAAUAAGAAAUUAACAAGUUUCAGGGUUCGAAAUUUAAGAUCGAUCAGUAAAAGUUCUUUCGUUGUAGAGAAGCCGGGGAGUAGUUUUAAAAAAACCGUUGGAGCUUAGAAAAUACUUCGAACUGCUCUCAGUUCCAUGUAAAUCAGAAAUUAUUUUAAUUAGCAUAAUAAGCAGCUCUCAAAAUUAUUAUAAAAUCCUAUCACAGGCGCCACAGAUUCCCAAUUUUUUCUACGGGUCUCUCGAGUACAUGUAAAGAAUAAAUAGGCUUAAAACGCGCUUUGGUCUGGUGCAGCGCCUGAUCAACCGUUGUCGUUUGUAAAUGCAAAUGCAUACAAGCUCUCAUAAAUAUUACGGUAUUCCUAAACCAAAACAUGCUCCGCCUGGGUGCAAAUACGCUAAUUUUCGUCACGUAACACUUAUGAUAAGUUACCGUGUGGCACGUUUAAAUUUUACGGGUACCAAUUUUGCAUUUAUUUUAUUGUUAUUAUUUUUUCCUGCAAGUAAAGUUCUCACAAAAGAUACGCAUAUAACCUGGUACUUGGCAACAACUUGGUGUCAGCGGGUAUUGCAGGUGGAAAAAUUGAAGGGACUUUUCCCCACUUGCUCCGACGGGUCAGCCGGUCACGCUUUGAUUGUUUUGAAUGGCCGGCUCUUCAAGCCUGUUCCAGGCGUUCAGAUAGUGGGGAGCGGUGCGAAGUAAAAAGGAGCGCGAAAGAAUAAAAGCUAGGGAGGAGGAGAGGUGAGAGAGGGAAUAAGUCCCCCUCUACGUUUCAUCGCAGUCUUUACUUCGCACCGCUCUCCACUAUCUGAACGCUUGGAACAGGUUAGGCCGGCUCUCAAUGGGAAGACCUUAGAUAACAACCGGACCUCAACCAGGUUGUGGCGUUCAGCGGUUUUAGUGAAAACAAGGAAACGUUACAGUCAAGAAGACUUUUGCAGGGACUGAUCAAACAACGUAAAGUAGAGCUAAGUUGCGAUAUUUAGACUGGCCAAUACCGCUCAGUCUCGGGGGCUCAUAAAACCAGGUCUCGGUCGUUGAAGGAUUUUUGUGAGCGCAAAACGUUACUCACAGGACGAUCGUUUAAUCCCACGUUAAGACAGAAAAUUCUUGACGCGCUUUAAGAACUUUCGCUACAAUAAUGAUGCUCACGACGAUAAGUAUGUAAACAGAGUUUAUUGAAGCGAAGCGAUGAGACGUUAACAAUGUUGAAAAGAAGCGAUGCGAAGCGAAGCGAUGACUAGGCGGUGUAAACGAAGAAAACGAUGUACAAAGCGGUUUCGAAAACUAAGAAAUGAAUACAGCGAAAACGAUAGUUAGAUUAUCUAGAAACUACCUUAAAACUACGAAAACAAACUUUGGUCGAUUUCAUUAAUACGAUGCAAGAAAAGGCUAUAUAAAACGUAACUGAUCAUGCACAAAGUGAAAAGACUUACUUCUGUGCCCGCUUUAGGAAUUUCAUAGCGUUGACGUUGAGUCUUACUUUGAUCUUAACACGAUGACACGUUGACUAGAACUGAAAAAGUUUCUUGAGCACGUGCGACAAUGCUAACUAAUACAAAGGAUAAUAGAUUUCUUUGUUUGUAAAUCAUACGUAAGCAGGCAUAUCCGCGGCAAAAACCACAAAUAUACGGAAAACCAGAAAAUAUUUGGCAGUAACAAUUUUCCUCUCAAUAUGAAACCGACAAUUAAAAAAAAGGUCUUAGGAGAUUAUGGUUAUUUAAUUUCCAAACAUUAUACUCUUGAGAUAAGAUUUUUCCUGACGUUUUUUCGUCAUAAUUAGCGGAAUGAAUCCCGGAAGUCCGUCUUUCCCAUUAAUGCCCCCUUUAAAUUUAAUUUUAUGGAAGCUCCAUAACACUCUGUUUAAAAGUUUUAUUUUUUUAUUUGCAGAUCAUUAAGAAAUCUUUCCUGAAUUCACCAUGCUUAGUCAGUACAUGUGUGUCUUACCUGAUAAUGACAAGAAGCCUUUUGAUCUUCAAUACCUGUGCCCGUCCUGCAGAAAUGUGCUGAGAGAUCCAAUACAAACUAGUUGUGGACACCGAUACUGCAGGUCUUGUAUAGAGGAGUUGUUAAGGUAAUUUUAAGUUCGACCGUCUCCCUCUUAGGUCAUCAGACAUCGUAAAAUACAACAAGCAAACGGAAAUACUAAUACGUGACUAAAAGUGGAGUGGGAAGGGGAAACAAGCACGUGGAGCUGCAAAAUGAAAAAUGGGAGCAAAACUUAACUUGAACAGCAGUAGACUGCGAUUGGUCUCUUAUUUUUCUUUGCAAAGCUAUUGCACGCGAAACCCAAGCACGCCGCGAGCCGCGAUAAACAUGGCGUCUUAAAGCCCGUCCCAGUCCACGUAACGUCGUGGAACUAGACGGAUUUUAAGAGAAAAGGCGGACCGCAAGCAGUCUAACCCUAGCAGUAACGGGCUCAAUUUUCAAUUCUAGGGUACAGGUUUGUUCCCAUUUUUUCAUUUUCCCUUUCUCGGUGCUUGUACCCCGCUCUCCGUUCCUCUUUAUAGUAACUUCCGAAAUUAAAUACGAACCGGAAAAUAAGCACCUCAUACCAUAAGCACACUUUAUGUUAUUACUUUGUAUAUGUAAGAAACACUUUACGGACGUUACGAACCGCCGAUGCUGACCUGCCUGUGAAGUACAUCUUUACUGAGUUGCAGCCACUGCAAAUACUUAAUGAUCUAUACCACACACAUGUAAAAACAAUUGUACACAAGCACAAAAAUGCAUGAGGUUUAUUGUCGCGUGGCGUUAAUGCUAUAUCAUGGAAUUUCUCUCUGAUAAACAUUUUGUUUCUUUUUUUGUUUCGAUUUUGUAAGGUCGUCUUCUGGCAAGUGUUUGGUCGAUAACAAACAAAUCAAAAGGAAAGAGGUAAGUACUCUCUUGUUAGCUCUUGUUCUUGUUCUCUUGUUAAAGUUUGAAGCUUUAAAGGACGGAAAAGAACUUACUUUGCCAACGAACAGAGCAGAAGAUUUAGACUUCAGCGUGUAAGAUAAAAAGAAAAUCCGCUUUUUUAAUGCCAGCAGUAUAGAGCCUACUUUUAAUUCAGGCUGAAUCGUCUCUAACAAAAUAAUGUACCAUAAAAUCAUUUCUUUCUUAGAUUUUCGAGGACCAUUUUGCAAGACGCGAGAUUCUGUCGUUACCAGUCCAGUGUACCAACCACGGCGACGGCUGCGAUUGGAGAGGGGAACUGAGACAACUAGAAGUAUGUUGUAUUACGUCAUUGAAAAUAUUCUGCCGUUUCGUUCUUGCUUUAAAAAAUAGGAGAACAACGGAUCCCUGACGGCAAAUCUUCGUUCUUUUAUUUUACGCAAUUGACUAUUGGUGUCGUUUCCCCCUACAAGACAGGAACGCUAGGGUCGCAUUAAGUCUUGUUGCCUUAAUGCUCCUUUUUGAAUACCGCUCCCUGUAGCUUUGACCAUGUACCAGCCUUAAACAUUUUACUCCUUUGUUUCACUGCUUAAGGUUCACAUGGAAAAAUGCUCAUAUGCAAAGGUUCAGUGUAUGCAUUCUGGUUGCGGAGCCCUGGUACCAAGGGACGAUUUGCCUCGCCAUCUGACUGAAGAUUGCAACUUCAGGCAGGUGAUUUGUCAGCUGUGCAAACUGGAGACAACUGCUGACCAGUUAAAGGUAACAUUUGUCAAUGAGUUUAUUAGAUUAAGAAUUGUUUAAUUAGAAAGGGCGGACUAUCCGCCGCAAAGCAAGCUGCAGAACUUGCGAAUCUUGAUUGAUUGAUGAAUCAUUUCAAGGAAUCGAUGUAUCUCUCGAUGAAGCUUUCUUCUUAUGACGAUAUAUGCCCUUGAUCAUAAGAUUUUAAUGCUCCGAUUACUAGUCCAAAGUUUUGCAGAUUUGCCCGUUCAUGUUCUGUAAAUGAUAUUUAGUCAUUGUGUCUUCUUGCAGCAACACCACGAAGCGGACUGUCAGGAAUACAUCGUAGAUUGUCCGAAAUGCUUCGCUGUAAAAAUGCCACGAAAACAGGUAAAUUGUAAUUAAAGUCAAAUUCCACGUAACUGUGUGCAUCGGAUUCUUGGCUUUUCGUUUAUUCCUCCAUUCACCCACAAGGCUUACUAGAAAGUCGACUGAUAAAAGCAAGGUUCUUAUGGUGUCUUCGAACGAUGUUUCCUUUUGAAAAUUUGUCUCAGAAAGUUUAAGGCUAAGCUCACACUACAGUCGACUCGCGUUAUUGCGGACACCCUCGGGGGAAGAUUUAGUGUCCGUUAUAGCCGGGUACGAGAGAAAAAAAUUGUUUUCUCCUUAAACUUAUGAAAUAAUAUCUAUAAGUCCCAGACGCAGUGUAGUUUCGACAAUUCUUUACUUCUUUUAACUGUGGACCACAAUAGAUUAUAAAGCAAUCCCACUGUAGCUCUUGAUUAAAGGUAAUAAGAUUGUAAAUAGAUCUGAGUAUGCUGUAGUAUCACUUCCAAGCUCCUGCAAUGACAAAGGAUGCAUAAGAAAGGGCUAAAAUGUUAACUUGCUGUCAAAUACGUUUUUUAUUGUUUUUGGCAUGCGCAGCUCUUUUAUCGCAAAAAUGCUGCACAGAAACCUGUGUAACGACUUUUACAGUAGAGUGUUAAAAUAACGCGAAAUAUUUGUAAGCUCUAAUGGCAAUGUCUUUUCUCCCUUUAUGCUCUACAGCGGUCAAUUGUUUACUCUUUUACAAAGAAACAGGCGAUAGUACUUUGUAUCACUUUUUCCUUUACUGUGACGUCGCUUUUUUCUUUAUGUUGUGCUAGUCAGGAUUUUUGACGAAGUACUCAAGUAUCAGCUAUAUCAAGAGAAAAAAAAACAAGUGAACUGUCGCGCUUGGGGGCAGGAAAGUGUCCGCAUUUCCGUAAUAGCGAGCGUCCGUAAUAGCGGGAGUUUAUUUCAGUCAUUUCUUUACUGUGUUUCGCCGGGGGGACUGGUUCUCGCAUUGGCGGGGUGUCCGUAAGGCGAGAGUCGACUGUAUAUCGGAUAUCGGCGCGAAAAUCAUACCGGUUAAGGCUUCUGUUUACACACAAGAACGGUUGUGGCAGAGUGAUUUCCGUGACAUAGCGAAGCUGCGCCGCCGCGCCCAUCUCUAAAGCGGAGAGUCAAAAGCGGCGCUACGAAAAGCUAUCCUGGAUAGUGUGAGUAUAAGCUAGUCUGUAGAUCAAGAUGAGCUAUGAAUUACAUACUAAAAGCUAAUACAUACAUUCUUGGAAGUUCCCGGGGAUUGAACGAUUUUGCACUUUAAGAAGGCAAGACUGUGUUCAAAACUAAAGGAAAGUAGAAUAAUAUAACGCUUACUAUUAAUCUACAACAGCUUUCGAGCCACCUGGAUUCUGUCAAUGGAGAUUGCGAAGCUUUUGAGGCACCUUGUCCGUUCCACACCGUAGGAUGCCCGGAUAAAGAGGUUGGUCUUGUGAAAACAUACUGUUUUAUGCUUGAAAAGCCAAAAUUUUCCAUGCAAAGUAUUGUUUAAUCCCCUUGUCACCGUAAAAUGUAAAUAAAUACUUACCUCUCAAGGACAAAAUGUUUUAAAUCAAACUAUACGAUGUGAAGAGAAAAUUAGUACGAAGCUCUCACUUCAGUUCAACAUCGCACUUUUUAUAGACAGAAAUAUGACAAACCCAUGUUUUUGUUCUUUUUAAAUUCAUUCAUGCUUUCAAACUUCAGGCUUUCGGCACAAAGUCUUCAAGCCACACGAACAUAUGUAUAUUGCUUCCGUUUUAAGUACCCACACUACCUCUUUCAAACUACAGAAUUUAUAAUCCUUUGAAAACAAUCGCUUAGAACAUAACAUAAGUCAACGAGAAAAAUGUGAUAAAUAAAUGAAAACAAAAUAAGGCCCUUGAACGUAGCUAACUAUAGGCGUGCUUUUUUUGUUUUCAUUUUUUAUAGCCAAGAAAGAGAAAAGAAAUCAAGGAUCAUCAGGGUAAAAUGGUGACAAAUCACCUUAACUUUCUCCUGUUAUUUGUGCAACAACUGUCAAAUUUGGUGUAUUCCAAGAUUGAUCAUGCAAAUACAUCAACGGAAAAACAUCGACUCUUGGAAACCAUGGAUACCACAAUUCACAACUUACUACAAAAAGUAGAAAAUAUCAUAGUAGAACAGUCUGACAUGUCGGAACUGCUUCAAAGCCAUGGUACACGCAUUAGUGAUGCUGAAAAGUGCAUUGAACGCCUUUUAAUAGAUGACGUCAUACCUGACAGUCCUCCUUUAAACUCCAUGCAUCGUUGGUCUCAAGCGGAUAUAAGUCGUGUAUUGCAUAGGUUGGACAAUGCUGAUGCAAAAGCAGCUAAUCAUGAAGUUCUGUUGGUUGAAAUGAACGCAAUGGUGCAAGAAAAGACCAAACAUGUCAAUGUCUUAGAGACUCAGCUAAGAAAUGCAAAUGAGGAAAUUAGGAAACUUCAACGGCGAAUGGAAACUUUGGAGUAUAAUUCAAGUCUCAGGAAUAUCGCUACCGCUGAUUUAGAAGAACAUAUUAGACAGCAGGAGUUUUCGUGCAAUGAUGGUGUCCUUAUAUGGAAGAUCACCGAUUUUGCAAAGCGCAGGAACGAAGCCAUAACUGGCAAACAGGUGUCUUUCUAUAGCCCGUGCUUUUACACUAGUCGCCAUGGCUACAAAAUGCGCGUGCGUAUCUAUUUAAACGGUGACGGCGUCGGCAAGGGAACGCACAUUUCACUGUUUUUUGCUGUCAUGCGUGGUGAGUACGACGCAAUACUCCGCUGGCCAUUUCAACAGAAGGUUACACUCAUGUUACUUGAUCAAAACAAUGUAGAACAUGUAAUCGACGCCUUUAGGCCGGAUCGCAAUAGUUCAUCUUUUCAGAGACCAAGAAGAGAAGUAAACAUCGCUAGUGGAUGUCCUACAUUUUGUUCCUUAUCAGAGCUACACAACCAAGCCUACGUCAAAGACGACACCAUGUUUAUUAAAGUCAUAGUUGAUACCUGCGAUGUAUAA